UUUGCAACGUCAUCAAUACCUGUGUAGGAGGCGAAAAUGGCAGGCACUGGGCAAACUGCAACAGCUAGGAUUCAACCUAAGAAACAGACGCUUGAGGACGCAUAUUCUCCUCCUGCAAAUUUUUUAGAGAUAGAUGUAUUAGAUCCACAAACACACGGCGUAGCCAAAAAACGUUACACAGAUUAUGAAGUCAGAAUUCGGACAAAUUUACCAGUUUUUAAAGUGAAAGAAUCAAGUGUUCGAAGAAGAUACAGUGAUUUUGAAUGGUUACGAAAUGAAUUGGAGCGUGACAGUAAGAUUGUAGUACCUCCUUUGCCUGGUAAGGCCUUUAAAAGACAGCUGCCAUUCCGAGGAGAUUGAUGGUAUUUUUGAGGAUGAAUUUAUAGAAGAAAGA